AUGGAAGAAUCACAAGUGAAAUUACCAAGUCGUUAUAUUGUAGAAGAUAAACAUUUUGCAUUAGACAGUAAAUUUGUGAUUACAGAUGAAACAGGCAAUAUUUAUUAUACAGUUGAUUCAACUCUAUUUACUAUGGGUGAUAAAUUACAAAUGUAUGAUGCUGGUGGUAAUGAAUUAAUAAGAAUUCGUCAAGAAAAUUUACAUUUACAUAAAACAUAUAUUAUUGAAUCAGUUCGUACUGAUGCUGAUGAAAUGCAAUUAGCAUCAGUAAAACGCACUGGCUUACUUGGACAACAUAAACUAGAAAUUAUUGCUGUUGAUGGUGCAUAUAUAAUGGAAAAAAGAGGAAAUGCGUUUUCGCAUGAAUUUAUGUUGAAAAAAGGUGAUGAUGUAGUUGCUAUUGUAACAAAAGAUCCGUCAGCAACGAAAAGUAUUUAUUGGUUAGAUGUAUCUGCUGAUAGAGAUGAAUAUCGUGCAUUUCUUGUAGCUUUGGUAAUUGUUCUAUCAUGUGCACAACGUUUACCGGGUAAUCCUCUUUCUACACCUCAUGAGGGUAACGCUAAACCUUAA